AAACGAAAUGAGGGUAAGAUUAACAAUAUAAACAACGUAUCUGAUUAUGUAGUUUCUUAACUUAUAAUAUGUCUUUAUUUUUAGGAUUAUUAUUACAUUUCAAGAAAAGGAAAGAACAACGCAAGCGGAAAACUUUAUGCCAAGUAUAGAAACAAGAAGUCCAAAAGAAUAAAGCUUUUGAUUUCCGAGCCUAGCACAAGCAAAGCAGCAACUCACACAUCUCCUAAUUUUUGUAACAAAGAUGUUCCCGAAAUUGAUGAAUCAGUUGAAAAUUCAUUGAAAGCUUCCUUACUAAGAGAAUGUAAUGAUUGGGGAUCGAUCUGCGAAAAAUGGAAAAGAUCUUUUAACAUACGGCAAAGAGAUAUAAAAAAUUUAAGUAGCCAUACAUUUCUCCUUGAAUGGACGAAGUUGUCCGAUGCAAGAGCUUCAGAAUUGGUAAGUAGCCAUGAGCUAUUUAUUUGUAUAUGGAUACUAAUGUUUCGUUUUAGGUCAACAUUGAUUUCGAUAUUAUGUAUCCACAGAAAGGCAAUCUUCUACUUUCUAAAUGGGACCAAUUUAAGAAAAAAAUUUACAAUUAUUAUGGGAAAAAUAUUCAUAACGAACAUUGCAAACAACUCUUCGCAAAUGUUUUGACGGCAAGCAGCAUAGAUGCUCAAGAUUAUAUAUACGCAAUACUGUUGAAUUCAGUUUUACCAUCACCUGCUAGGUUUAAAUGUGGAAACGGUAAAUUACGAAAAAAAGUAACAAUAGCUGAUUCGCAGGAAAGUUUCGUACUGCGACUACCGACAAUUAACGAUUAUAAAAGGCAAAUUGAUACAGUCACUGAAAAGUAUUACAAUGCUGGAUUAACUAUACAGCCAUUUAUAAUUGUGGAGGGUUUGUCCGAUUUCAAUAUAAAAGGUUUUUAUGUUUUUUUUAACCACAAUUUGUUAAAAUUUCAAUCGUUCCUCGAAUGUUUAGAUACAUGUUUUAAAAUUUUUCAUGCACUUUCUUUAAAAUAUCCAAAUGCCUGCCAAAUUCCAUGGAUUUUUAUCCAAAAAUAUUUUUAUGAAAUUAAUACUGUAUAUGAUAUAAAAUCAGUUAAUUUGACUUCACUUAUUAAUUUCUGCAACAAUAAUUAAAGUACAAUUCAAAAUGUAUAUUUGCUUUCGUUGCCGUAAGCAUUUUGAUAAGGCAAAUCUUUUAAUAGCUCAUUUGAAAACAGACCAUUUAAUGUCCACUAAAUUUUUAAAAGUACAAUGCGUUCAGGACAACUGUAAGCAAACAUUUACAAAAUUUACGUCAUUCAGAAUUCAUUUAGAAAAACUUCACAAGAAUCACACAAAAGCUCCACCAAUGGUUAAAGCCAUUAAUGUGCCAGUUGAAAUGUCAUCAUCAAAAGAAAAUGAUUAUACAAACAGUGAAACUGUUAUUAACAACAAUACAAUAGAAAAGGAUUUAAAUGUUUUGAAAAAGAAAACCUUAUAUCUGUCUUUACAAUUACAUGGUCAAAGCUAUAUGCCUAGAAAUCAUGUUAUAGAAAUACAACAUUCUGUUUCAAUUCUGCUUUCAUCCAUUUCAUGUACAAUUGAAAAAUAUAUAACUGAUCAUCCAAAUUAUGAAGACUUAAGGUACUUACUAAACUUUUGUAAAAAUCCUUUCGAAGAAACUAGAACGGAAUAUAGACUUUUAAAAAUUUUAAAAGAACUAAACUUUUAUGAUGAUCCAAAGGUUUAUGUAAUUAGCAAUCAAGUCUCGGAAAUUGUUAUCAGCGGAAAUCCCAGUUUAGGUCCAAAGUUAUCCAAUAUUUAUAUAAUGCCACUGAAAUUCAUGAUAAGUGCCCUUUUUAAAAUUCCAAAUCUCUUAGAUUUGACAUUAGAAAACUCCAAAAAAAUCCUAAAUUCACCUGUUUUACAAAAUUUUACAAACGGUGAGUUAUAUAAAACUAAAUUAUUAAAAUAUCAGUACAAUUUAGUUAUUCCCUAUGUCCUUUACAUGGAUGAUUUUCAAAUUAAUAAUCCUCUUGGAACCCAUACAUUUUCCAUAUGUGGUUGUUAUAUUAGCUUUCCUUCAAUGCCACAGCACUUGUUGUCAAAACUUGAUUAUAUAUUAACUGCUGCGUUUAUACCAUCAAAGGAUUUAAAAGAACGUGGAAAUGAAGUUUCAUUUCACAAUCUUGUAGAAGAGUUAAAAAUUCUAGAAGAAGGGGUUGAAAUUUGUGUUCAACAAAGUGUUCAGAAGGUGCAUUUUAUUUUAGGUGUAAUUAUUGGAGAUAAUUUAGCAGUUAAUAGUAUUUUAGGCUACGUGCAAUCAUUUAACUCUAAAAGAUUUUGCCGGGUAUGUAGAAGAAAAAAGUCCCAAAUGCAAUUCGACGCAAUUCAGCAUUUAGAUAGAAGUAAUUUACAAAAUGAAAUUAUUGUCAAUGGAGCGGCAGACAGGCAGGGCAAUGGGGCGGGAAUAAAUAGCAAAUCGAAAAAGGUUGCCGUUGAUGCUGCCUGGGUGGUUUUACCUGGUCUACCACACGAAAUUUGGAAAGAAGUCGGGUAA